AGACCACUAAGAUCAUCGAGUCCAGCCCUCGACCCACGGCAACCACGCCCGCUAAGCCACGUCCCUCAGUGCCACAACUGAGCCAGCCCUCCCUUUCACUUUUGGUUCCGUUCGGUCUUUGCCAUGCCGCAAUCCACUCACCCCGUCUCUCCCGUUCCCCAGUUCACCACGGGCACCUGUACCGACGCCGCCGUGCACUCCUGCGAGCUGUGCGGCAAGGGCUUCCGCCUGCAGCGCAUGCUGAACCGGCACGUCAAGUGCCACAGCCAGGUGAAGAGGCACCUGUGCACCUUCUGCGGGAAGGGCUUCAACGACACCUUUGAUCUGAAACGCCACGUCCGGACCCACACCGGAAUUCGUCCUUACAAAUGCGAGGUUUGCAACAAAGCAUUUACCCAGCGGUGUUCCCUGGAAUCCCACCUCAAGAAGAUUCACGGAGUGCAGCAGCAAUACGCCUACAAACAGAGGCGAGACAAACUGUACGUGUGCGAGGAUUGCGGCUACACUGGCCCCACGCAGGAGGACCUGUACCUGCACAUCAGCAGCGUCCACCCCAGCAGUGCUUUCCUGAAAAAAACCUCAAAAAAACUCGCAGCGGUCUUGCAAAACAAACUGAGCCCUGUCCUGCAGAGGAACUCCAAAGAUGAUGACAAAGAUGAGUAAUGCAGUGGAUUACAAUGGUCUACAGGAAUGAAGUUUACACGUAGGACUACAUAUAUAUUAUUUUUUUAAAAAACCUAUUUUGAAAUAAAUCCCUGAAAGAAAAGGGAUACUUUUAUUAACUGGACUCUCUUGAUAUUGGUAAAACCUCAACUUGAAAGAAAUAUUCCCACAAAUCACACAAACAGCAGACUUUGUCUGGUCAAAAAAAUGGAAACCCUAACCCCAAGAUGGAGUAUUUACCGACCCUGGCAUCCAGGUAACCUGACUGCCGUUUCAGCUGUCCUACGCGUCUGAAUGGUGCUGACAAAGAAGCUCACCUUUCCCCAGCACAUUUCUUCAAGACAGUAACAGUUACCCAAAAAGUACUUUUGAGGGGCUCGGGUGAAAGGGGCCACGUAAGAGCGGCUCCUAGUACACUGUUCUGAUGUGCAAAGUUAAUUAAAAUUGGCUUACAAAGAGUA